AUGCGCCAGCCACUGAACCCGUAUGGCUGCCUGAGCCCAGAGCCGUCCAACAACCCGUUCAUCGACCACUCCGCCAAUGCCGCGGCCCGCUUCCCGGACAUCACCGGCUCCGACAACCCCGCCACUGCACCCCAGUUCACGUCCUGGAUGAACAAGCCGUCGACCUCGAGCCUGAACACGAACCCGUACGUCUCCCCGGGCCCGGGCCCUAUGUCUCCACAGGGGUAUGGCCAGGGGUACGGCCAGCAGCAGCCGCAGGCCAACGGCUGGGGCCAGGGCUCGGGCUUUGGCCAGGUCGGCUACGGCCAGCAGUCGUUCGUCGGGACGCCCCAGCCCCAGCCCCAACAGCAGAUGUCAUCCGGGAUGCCGUUUCAGCCAUCGAGCUCGUUCGGGCAGCAGCUCCACGCACAUGUCACCGGCGCGUACGGCCAGCAGCAACAGCAGCAACAGCCUCAGUACUCUGGCUACCCCCAGCAGCAGCAACAACAACCACAACAGUACGGACAGCCGCAAGGGUACCAACAAGGCUUCGCGGGACAGCAGCAGCCCCAGCAGCAGAUGUACCUGCCCGAGCUUGACCCGUACGCGGGCGGGGGCACCCCCGGGCUCGGCACGCAGGUGCAGUCGCCGGGGCCGCAGGCGAACGGAUACCGCUCGCCGCACCCGCGCGAGUACGUGCACGCGCACAAGGCGGAGCUCGAGGCUUGGGACUCAUACUCGUGGAAACAGGUCCAGAACUGCUUUGACGAACUCAAGCGCGCCUGGGAGACACGGAAAGCCGAGCUCGAGACGCGGAUGAAGGCCCUCGCCGGCGCAGGGCUGUUCACGGGCGGCGGGUACGGCGCCGGGCCUGCCCAGCAGUACGCGCAGCUCGAGAAGAUGGAGAAGGAGGCGGAAAUGCACAUUGACACCGUCGCCGCGGCUUCGUUCCAGGUGCAGGAGGUCUUCGCGGGCUACCGGCAAUCCGGGGACGUGGCCUCGAAGAGGCGGGUGCGAGAGGCGAUCAACGCCUCGCUGAUGAGCUUGCCGGACCACCCUCAGCCCCUCAUGUUCUGA